CUGGUUUUUAAAGGAAGGUAUGAGAGAGAGAUGGCACUCUCUGCCCUGACUACUAGAAAGACAGCUGGGCUACUAGCGACCAGCACUCACUAGCCACCCUGGGCCCAGACAUGCUGCUUAUCACAGUGGGCUCCUACAGAGUCCUGUGUGCAAUGCUGGUGUCCAUCCUGCACAUGGCUUCUCUUAAUGCUCUAAAUGUGACAGACCCUCUUGCUCGAACCUCCAUUCAAAAAAGCUACGAUCUAACCAAGUACUUGGAGCAUCAGUUGCGCUCCCUGGCUGGUCCAUAUUUAAAUUAUCUUGGCCCUCCGUUUAAUGACCCAGACUUCAAUCCACCACGUGCUGGGGGGCCAGAAACAAUACCUAGUGCCUCUGUGGACUUUCACAUGUGGAGGAAUCUAAAUGAUGGAUUACGUUUGGCAGAAAAUCACCGGGCAUAUAGCCUUCUUCUCUGUUAUCUACGGUCCAUUGAUGGUGAGGUGGCACGUGCAGAACUGCGACGGAGCCUUGGCCGAUUUUGCACCAGUUUACAAGGCCUGGUGGUUAGCAUUGCUGGAGUGAUGUCUUCGCUGGGGUAUCAGCCCCCACAAGAACUUGCUACUUCCUCUCCACUCCCAGCCAUGGGCUAUGGUAGAGGUAAUGACUUUCUACGUAAAAUGGAGGACUUCUGGUUGUUAAAGGAGCUGCAGAUCUGGCUAUGGAGGUCCGCUAAAGACUUCAACAGGCUCAAGCGGAAAGUUCCAGCUGUUGUCUCCCUCAGAGUGGAAUCCCGUGGGUACUGAUGUGGUGGUUUGGAGAAGAUAAGUUCCCACUCACGCAAUUUCUGAGAGUUUAGUGAUAAACAUGAAAAGCAGACCAUGUAGGAAUAAUUGAAUGUUCAAUGGCUCAGGACAAGGAGAGCAGGUUGAAGAACAUGACAUGCAUCUGGAUUUUUAAGAGCACUGACCUCUGAAAUACAAAAACAUGGAGAGAAGUCAUAAAAGCAUUUUAAUAUGAUAAAAAAAACAAUUCAGAUAAAUAACCACCAGAGUAGAUUAGAGAGUGUGGUUGGGAGAGAAGUGAGGUAUACUAAUAGAUAGUAUAACAUUUGAUGGAAAAUAUCUGCCUUCCCUUAUUUGUGUCAUCGGUGAUACUGGGAACCUUGCUUGUCAUAUAAAGCAGACAGGGCGCAUGGGAAGUAAGGAACAGUGAAACACAAGCAGGCUAUACUGACCCUACAGGGAAGAUGGCUAUAAUUAUCAGGCCCAGCGGCACAUACAAGGUAGUUAUUGGUGAAUUUUCAUCAACAGUGGUAUAUAUAAGAGGCAAACAUUUUUUUAGCACAUCUGGAAGUGCUUAUAAAUAUUGGACACUAACAAUACAGCAGAGGGAGUUUAAUCUCAGGAGAUUAUUAUUUUGUAGGAACAGCUCGAAAAGCGAAAAUGGUCACUUCUUCAAA